UAUGCAACUCUAUGUCCUCUAUCGGCCUCCCGUUCUCCGUACCUUGACUGUCGCCCUUAUAUUAUAAAAAAAAUUCAUUCACCAUAUUCUCCGAGAGCAUUUGGAAUUCUUAAUAGGCUUACUUUACUCACCUAUUUGUCUAUUCCAGGUAGACCCAUUCUUUUUUUAUUCCAUGACCUGACAAAAACGUACGGAAGAGAAGGGCACAAGACUCCUUUCGCCCCCAAAUUUGGAAAAUCUUCUACUCACGAAACCUGGUCAUUUCACCAGACCUAAUAAUAUAAGCCGGACAUAAUUACGUCCGUCCCACCCUGAUCUUGCGGAAUUUCCAACUUUUCUAAAUUUUGCUUUAUCCUCUUUUCUGACUCACACCCAAAAAAAGACACCCACCAACCCUUAACCCUUAACUAAGAAGACGAAUUUGGUUACAUCGUGAUCGUUUUUAACUAGCAGAAGACUGCGCUGCGUCGUAUAAUAUUCUGAAUAAGCUAGUCGACAAUAUGGCUGAGCCACGAUACCGUUAUUCGGGUCGUAGGUCGCCUCAGUUUAACCCCGCGCGAGCAUCGAUGCCUGUGAGCAUUGGGUAUAACCCUCAUUACAGCGGGGAUCUUCAUACAGUUCAGACGGCUCGUUAUGAUGCCGCUGUCCCAAGAAGAGCGACUGAUCAUAAAGCGCCUUCGAAUCCCACUGCUACUAUCACCACCUACAACGUUACUAAAGAGCCUGCUGCUGCUGCUGCUGCUGCCGCCGCCGUCGCGCAACGAAGCUCUAAUUCCAAUACGUCCCGUCGUCGUUCGUCAACUGUAGAUACCAAUCCUGUGAAGCCUAUUAUAGUCACCACCAAUCACGCCAGUCGACCUCACGGUACUUCUUCUCAUACGUCGUCUGCCGCGCGCACAACUAGUCCGUCGCGCGAUCCCUACCGGUCAAGCGAUGAAACCUACUAUACGCAACCGGCCUCUUCAAUACGUUCUCGAAGCCAAGCCCGAUAUGGCCACGGUUAUACUCAAAGCGCAACCUUAAGCAAUGAAGAGUUCUCCCGAUUAAGGGAGCGAGUCGGCGACGACAGACUUCGACCACCAACGCAUGUCGCAACCGAUUAUUACCGCUCUUCACUUCCUCACGCCAACUAUACGACUCCAUCCUUCGACCUUAACAACACGGCAGUUGUCGAUUAUGACAACGAAGGCUAUGAGUAUACGAAACCUAGCGAUUUGGCUAGGUACGAUUUAGAUCAUGAUCGCCAGCUACCGCACAGAAGUCGAAAGGAGAGCCUUGAUCGUUCUUACCAUCGUCCUACCGUAAAUGUCGUGAGUAAUGAUCUGGGCCGUUACGAUACUCGCGGUCGCGGACCACCUCCUGCAUCCGGCGCACUCGACCGUUACAACAGAACUACAGCCGCAGGUAUUUAUGAUCGUCCUACUGUCACUAUGCCUGCUUUACCACCACCGGUACCUGUUGCUCCGCCGGUUGAUCCCCUACGCCGGAUUGAAGCUCCGAUAGACCCGUCGCCAGACCGCAAGGCAGCUCGACCGCGCCCAGUUUCUUUAUAUCAAGACACGCCAGCGCGCAUGUCGCAUCCUGAUGAAAUUUACCGCUCUCACGAUGAUGAGCGCGUGCAUCGUCGCCAAGAUCGUAAGGACGGAUACCGCGAUGAUGAUGUCCCCGCUCGCGGAUUUGGGAUUCGUACGAACACGCUGGAACCGGAGCGCUCGGAUCGUCCGGCAAGGUCAGUUGAUCGGCGCGACUACGAUGAUCGACGGCAGCGACGAGACGUAGCAGAGCGCGAGCCUCGACGCCGCUCUGAUGAGUCGAUCGACUAUACUCGGAGUCAUGAUUCCCGAAAGCCUACUGAGGACACCGUAAGCCGAGCCAACUCAGUUCGGGACCAAAGAGACAGCGCCACCCAGAAGAACGGCGCAGGCGGCCGAACUCGUGACAAAGUCGCCGCCGGAUUAGGUGUCGCUGCUGCUGCGGCGGUGGGCCUUGCACCCAGAGACACUACUAAGGAUGAUGAUCGCAAGGUUUCUCCACGACGACGGGACCCCGAUGAAGAUAAAGACGUCGGAAGCUCUCGCACCGCGGAUAAGUAUAAGCCCAAAGAGAAGGAUGUAGAACGAAAAGCAUCUCCUCGAGAAGAACCAGUCGCUGUAGACUCGCGACGGGAACCCCGGAGAGAGCAGGCGGACUCGACACCAGGCUCUAGGGAGCGCGAACUUGAAAGGGAACGUGUCCGUGAGCGAGCUUAUGAGCGUGAACGGGAGAGGGAACGAGACCAGCGCGAGCUCGAGAAAGAGCGAGAGCGAGAGCGAGAAAAAGAAGCACUGCAGCGAGAACGUGAAAUAGAACGAGAGCUUGAGCGUGAACGCGAGCGCAACGGCCGGGAUGACAAAACCAGAGUUAACGGAUCCGCCGCGGUAGACUCGAAAGACGACUCGUUAAUCGCUGACGACUCUACACCAGCACCGCGAAGGCGACGUCGUAACUCUUCGACCUUUGAUCCUACAGACACAAUUGAUUUGCUGGAUGUAAAAGCGGAACUGGCCGCAAAAGAGGAUCAGGACAAGACAAAGGAGAAGCCAGCCACCAAGGAGGUAGCAUCAGACAAGGAGACGACUCGUUCUGCUUCUGUGGAGCGUAUGUCGACCGGCUCGCGUGAAGAAUCUCGCGGCCGUGAUGCCACCAUUGCAGAGAAGGAGAAGCAAGUCCGAGUUGUCUCACCUCCACGAGAGAAGUCUGAUCAGAAGCCUAUCAAGGGCAUUCUAAAGGCGCCAAGCGCAAAGUUCCCCGAGGAUCAAAACCCCAUCCGAGAAGGCGUCGCGCCGCACAAGGAUGACAAGACGAAGAAGGGUGUCCCACCAGGUGCGCGAUGGACCAAGAUCAACAGGAAACUGAUCAACCCCGCCGCCCUAGAGAACGGCAAGGAGCGCUUCGAAGUCCGCGACGACUUUGUCAUCGUUCUACGGGUCUUGACCAAGGAGGACAUUCAGAAAUACGCCAAUGACACCGCGAAAAUUCGAGCGGAGAAGAGAAGAGAAUACGAGAAGCAGUUUGGUCAGGAGCGUAACUACGAGUCCCACCGCGAGGACCGCGACUACUCGGAUGACGAGAGGCGUAUCCAUCCCAACCCUCGCGAUCAUAAGAACGACCACGACUACAGAAAAUACCGCGACCGGGACGACGACAGAGACCGUCCUCGCCGUACACACAGGCACGGUUCGGAUUCCGAGGACGACACCCGGGGCCGUCGGGCAAUCGAAUACGAUGUCAGUAGCAACACCAGCCACGAUACUCGCUCCCACCGUUCUCACCGGGACUACGACUCCGUCUCUACCAAGGCAAGCGACAGGCGUUAGUUAGUUAGUUAAGCCGGCCUGCCUUUCCCGCGACUACUAUAUAAAAUAUGUAUAUGAUACAUACAUACGCUAUUUACUCGUUCCAUGUAUACAUCACCGACGAGAAACUCUUCAGAUCUUUUGAGAUAUAUAGACUCGAGCACGUCAGGGGUAAACAUAUAUAUAUAUAUAUAUGUGUGUGUGUGUGUGUGUGUGU